AUGGCAGUUUUAAUUGAAACUACACUUGGUGACCUUAUAAUCGAUUUAUUCGUGAAAGAACGUCCCAGAUGUUCACUUAAUUUUUUGAAAUUGUGCAAAAAGAAGUACUACAAUCUCAACCAGUUUCAUAGUAUUGAGAGAAAUUACGUAGCACAGACAGGUGACCCGACUGGAACUGGAAAAGGAGGAGAAUCUGUUUAUAGUGACAUGUACGGAGAACAAGGACGAUACUUCGAACGGGAAGAUCUUCCAAAAAUGCGUCACACUCGUAUGGGAAUUGUUUCAUUUGUGAACAAUGGAGAUAAUAUGCUCGGAAGUCAAUUCUUUAUUACACUUGGAGAGAAUCUUGACUAUUUGGAUGAUCAACACACUAUUUUUGGACAAGUUACUGAAGGUCUUGAAACACUGGAGAAGCUCAAUGAACAGUUAGCAGACACUAACAAUCGACCGUUUAAGGAUAUUCGAAUCUCACACACAAUUGUUCUUGACGAUCCAUUCGAUGAAGAUGCUAGAAUUUCUUUUCCACCACGAUCUCCAUCUCCUACUUAUGAGAUGCUUGUAAAGACUGAUCAAAUUGCUCUCGAUGAAAAAGAAGACGAAGACGAGGGAAAAACUGCAGAAGAGAUUGCUGAAGAGCUGCAACAAAGAGAAAUGGCUGAACAAGCUCAAAUUCUUGAAAUGGUCGGAGACUUGAAAGAUGCUGAUGAAGUUCCACCGGAAAAUGUGUUGUUUGUUUGCAAAUUGAAUCCAGUUACAACCGAUGAAGAUCUCGAGAUUAUUUUCUCUCGAUUCGGAAAAAUUAACAACUGCGAGAUUGUUCGAGACCGUCGCAGUGGUGAUUCUCUUCAAUACGCGUUCAUUGAGUUUGACAAUGCGAAAAGCUGUGAGCAAGCUUUCUUUAAAAUGGACAAUGUUCUUAUUGAUGAUCGACGAAUUCAUGUUGAUUUCUCACAAUCUGUCUCUCAAAAUUACAAGUACAAGCCCAAAUCACAGCAACAAGAAGCACCAAAGAGACGGCAAUCUCCUCAACGACGUCCUGAAGUGAAGAGAAGUCAUCAGAGAAGUCCUUCUCCAAGAAGACGUCGUUCUCCUUCACCAAAGAAAGAUAAGAAGAGAGAUUAUCGAAGAGAACCAGCAAGACGUAGAAGAAGUUCUGACAAUCAUCGUGAUCGUGAUCGUAGCUAUCGAGACAACAACCGUGAUCGUCGUGACAACCAUCGGGACUCUGAUCGGGAUCGUCGUCGUCAUGAUAGAUCUCCGGAUCGGAGACGUGAUCGUCGUUAACAAUUUGAAUAUUUAACUUAUUUGUUUCUCUAUUUGUUCUUUUCUUAUUCAUUCUGUAACAGUAAAACAUGCAUACUG